UGUCCUGGAUGUAUGAAGUAUGUGCAGUAUGCUGGAUGUGUGAAGUAUGUGCAGUAUGCUGGAUGUGUGAAGUAUGUGCAGUAUGCUGGAUGUGUGAAGUAUGUGCAGUAUGCUGGAUGUAUGAAGUAUGUGAAGUAUGCUCAAUGUGUGAAGUAUGUGCAGUAUGCUGGAUGUGUGAAGUAUGUGCAGUAUGCUGGAUGUGUGAAGUAUGAGCAGUAUCCUGGAUGUGUCAAGUAUGUGCAGUAUGCUGGAUGUGUGAAGUAUGUGCAGUAUGCUGGAUGUGUGAAGUAUGUGCAGUAUGCUGGAUGUGUGAAGUAUGUGCAGUAUGCUGGAUGUGUGAAGUAUGAGCAGUAUCCUGGAUGUGUCAAGCAUGUGCAGUAUGCUGGAUGUAUGAAGUAUGUGCAGUAUGCUGGAUGUGUGAAGUAUGUGCAGUAUGCUGGAUGUGUGAAGUGUGUGCAGUAUGCUGGAUGUGUGAAGUAUGUGCAGUAUGCUGGAUGUAUGAAGUAUGUUCAGUAUCCUGGAUGUGUGAAGUAUGUGCAGUAUGCUGGAUGUGUGAAGUAUGUGCAGUAUCCUGGAUGUGUGAAGUAUGUGCAGUAUGCUGGAUGUGUGAAGUAUGUGCAGUAUCCUGGAUGGGUGAAGUAUGUGCAGUAUGCUGAAUGUAUGAAGUAUGUGCAGUGA